AUGUUCCAGCGUGACUUCAAGAAGCACGGUGCCAUUCCUUUGAGCACCUACUUGAAGGUCUACAAGGUUGGAGACAUUGUCGACAUCAAGGCCAACGGUUCUAUCCAAAAGGGUAUGCCUCACAAGUACUACCACGGUAAGACCGGUAUCGUCUACAACGUUACCAAGUCUUCUGUUGGUGUCAUUGUCAACAAGGUUGUUGGUAACAGAUACAUUGAGAAGAAGGUCAACUUGAGAGUUGAGCACGUCAAGCACUCUGCUUGUCGUCAGGAGUUCUUGAACAGAGUCAAGUCCAACGCUGCUUUGAAGAAGGAGGCCAAGGAGAAGGGUGAGCAGGUGUCUUUGAAGAGACAACCAGCUCAGCCAAGAGAGGCCAAGGUUGUUGGUACCGAGGGUAACAUCCCACAGCUUUUGGCUCCUGUUGCUUACGAGACCUUCAUUUAA